UAGCAGAGGUGGGACAAAGUCAUUGUUAUGCAAGUCCAAGUCGAGUCUGAAGUCAUCAAAUUCAUGACUCGAGUCUGACUCGAGUCCAAGUCACAUGACUCGAGUCCACACCUCAGAGGUGGGACAAAGUCAUUGUUAUGCAAGUCCAAGUCGAGUCUGAAGUCAUCAAAUUCAUGACUCGAGUCUGACUCGAGUCCAAGUCACAUGACUCGAGUCCACACCUCUGCUAAUUAGUAGUAAGUGGAUCGCGUUGUGUAGAAGCCUGAGAAUCGCGCGGCUGUCAAUAAAGUUUCGUUGAACGCGGCGCCUGGGCCCGGCUCGGAGGCUGAGGCCUUCGUGGGCACAAUUUUAUUGUCGUUUAAAACUACCGCAGCAAGUCCCGAGCUAGCAACACGGGGCGUGUGGACACGGGGCGAUGUCUGUAGCUUCUGCCGUCUGAUCGCGGCAGGCGUGGUUUGUCACCAGCGGGCUGCGGGUUGGAUCACUGACUACCAUACAGAGGCCAUGUCGGAGCCAGCCACACCACCCGGCAUGGAGCCAGUGGGGGGGGAGCUGCAGGCCGUCGGCAAUAUGGCUGCCGAACAACCGGUCCCGGAGCCUCCCCCUGUCGCCGACCUCCCUGCCGGCAAUCCCACCACCGACCACGCGAUGCCUCUGUUGGAGCCGCCCCACCCUGUCUCUUCAGGCCACGUGCUUACCCCAGCUGCCGCCCCAGUUCCAUCGGGUUCCAGCCACACACCCGCCAAGCUCCUGGCUCAGCCCCAGAGCUCCAAGCGCCCAGCCUCGCAGCCACUUAACCUCAUUCCCAAGCGCCGCAGCUCCUCUCGUUCAAUAAAGCGUAAGAAGUUCGACGACGAGCUGGUGGAGAGCAGCCUGGCUAAGACGAGCCGCAUGAAGGGCGCGCCCCCAACUCCGAUGGCACCUGGCGGCGCGGUGGGCGUGGAGCCGGGGCGACCUCUGGUGCCAAGCGUGGAGCAGCUCGCCCCAGAGAAGAAGAAGGUGUCCAAGUCUUCGUCCUCCAAACGUGUCAAGAAGUCGAAGCAGCUGGUGCAGGUGGCCAAGGAUCUGGGCCGGUGGAAACCUUCGGACGAUCUGCUGCUCAUCAACGGUGUGCUGCAGGACUACGACUACGAGUCGGAUGAGGAGAGCUCCUCCAGCUCAGAAGAGGAUGACAGCGAAGCGCAAGAGAACUGUGGGCGGCCGCCGCGUGUGGACGGCGUCAGUGACGAUAGCAAUUCCUCGGCGUCCGACAGUGGCGACUCCUCCAGCUCGGACUCCGAAGAGAGCCCAGAGGGGGAGUCGCACAGCCUGAAGCGGAACAUGGAGGCCGCUCGUUGGAACGAGAUUCUGCGCAUCCUGCACGUCAUGCACUUCCGGCAGGAACGUCUCAUCACCAAGAUCAACUCCCUGCAGAAGCAGCUGAAGAAGCUGAAGAAGAAGCGCACGCGGGGCCCCGAGCCGCUCUACCGCCCGUACCAGUGGCCCUUCGUCAUCCCCAGGAAGCGGAAAAAGCACGGCUACAACGAGCGGCGAAACUACGUCGAACGCCAGUUCCCGGCGUGCCACCUCUCCGCCGUGCACUCCACCUCCGGCCGAAACGUACCGCCCAGGACGGCUUACCCUCGCCAGCACGCGCCUCUCGCCGGCGCGCCCGGUCGGGCGGCCUCCUUCGAGACGGCGGCUAACGAAGAGGAGCACGCGGGAGCGGCGGUGGCGAUGGGCCCGGACGAAAUGGGCUUCCCCCAGACCAACUCGGCGACCAGCCCGAUCCGGUCCGACGUCCCGUCUUCGCACUGCCACGCCGAGGAGCCGCUGAGGCCAGCUCUCGGCGGCCUGGGCGUCCGCGUGAAGUCCGAGAACCUGCAAGAGUGCCCGCACACCAUCGAUCAGAACGGGCAGAUCGUGCAGGCGCAGGCGAUGACGCACAGCCGCCCGGCGUCCGUGGGCAGCGGCGAGGUGCUCGUGAUCCCCGGCCACAGCCCUCUGUCGGACGGCUACCGCGCCCGCGACGACCCGGCUGCCGCACUUCGCCGACGUGUCGCCCGACUCGCAGCUGGGCCACGCCGGCGUGCAGGGCGGCGGCCACCACUCGUACAGCAGCGGCUCCCCUUCGCCCGUCUCCCCGCAGUUCCUGCCCACGUCGGGGACGCCGCAGAUAAUGGAGAUCUACAGCGGGCUGGAGCCCGCCGCGAUGGCCGGCGGCGGGCAGCCCAAGUCGCCGUACCUUUCCGAGUACCAGAUGUCGUUCCCCAUGCGCUCGCCCAGCAAGGUGGGCUUCCGCGUGGCCAAUUACAGCGGCUCGCUCGUGUACAUCGGCGGCGCGGACUCGUCGCUCACCGUGUCCAAGUGCGCGCUGGAGCAGUGCCUCUCGAGCGCGCCGGACCCACGCAAGUUCCUGGGGAAGCUCGCCGACAAGGUGUUCACUCGUGAGGAGAUGGCCACGUCCAACGUGAAGGGCGGACUCGCCUACACCAAGGGCGUCUACAAGCCCUACAAUCAGCUAGACCCCGUGAAGGUGAACGCCAUCCUGGACGAGGUGGAAAAGUGGUUCCCGGGCUGCAGGGACAGCAAGAAGAUGAACUCGGAUCUGCUGA